GCACGUUUCAUCCGUUUGAAGAAGCCGGCAUCUCGCGCUGUUAACAUUUUAAGCGAUCUUUCUUUGUUCUACUAUUUUUUUUGUUUGAUAUUUUUCAAUUUAUACCAUCUUGAAAGUAUGGCUGAAGGAAACGAAAUGAACGAUCAUGAAAUGACUGACGAACAAAAUGGUGAAGCCAUGGACACAGAUAACAAAAGCAAAGAACUAUCCGAUUAUGGUUUAAAUGAAAGCGUAGUAACUAAAUUAGAAGAACUAUUUGAUAAUGGGAAAUUAUCUUUUUCAGAAUUGGAUGAAAGGGCAUUGGAAGCAUUGAAAGAAUUUCCUGUAGAUGGUGCUCUUAGUGUCUUAAAAGAAUUUAUGGACAGUAGUCUUGAACAUGUAUCUAAUAAAAGUGCAUAUUUAUGUGGAAUUAUGAAGACUUACCGCCAAAAAACAAAAAUGGGAACUCCUGCAGUCACUACAAAAGGGCCCGAUGAAGAAAAAAUUAAAGCAAUAUUGGAUCGGACUGGUUAUAGUUUGGAUGUUACGACUGGCCAACGGAAGUAUGGUGGGCCGCCUCCUAAUUGGGGAGAUCAAACCCCUCCCGGAAGUGGCUGCGAGGUUUUUGUAGGGAAAAUUCCUAAGUCCAUUUUUGAAGACGAAUUGAUCCCUGUUUUUGAAAAAUGUGGUGAAAUAUGGGAUCUAAGGUUGAUGAUGGAUCCAUUGUCAGGACAAAAUCGUGGAUAUGCUUUUAUUACUUACUGUACCCGUGAUGCUGCCCAAGCGGCUGUAAAACAGCUGGAUAAUUACGAAAUCAAAAGUGGCAAACAUCUCAAAGUCAAUGUAUCAGUUCCAAAUCUUCGGCUUUUUGUCGGUAACAUCCCAAAGAGCAAGAGCAAAGAGGAGAUCUUUGAAGAAUUUGGUAAAUUAUCAGCUGGUCUUACUGAAGUAAUAAUUUAUAGCUCACCUGAUGAUAAGAGGAAGAAUCGUGGAUUUUGCUUUUUAGAAUAUGAAUCCCAUAAAGCAGCCUCUCUAGCUAAAAGAAAACUGGGAACUGGACGAACAAAGGUGUGGGGUUGUGAUAUUAUUGUAGAUUGGGCUGAUCCCCAAGAAGAACCAGAUCAAGAAACUAUGUCCAAAGUCAAAGUAUUAUAUGCUCGUAAUUUAACUGCCGAAUUAACGGAAGAGAAACUGAAAGAGAUGUUUGAAGAUUAUGGUAAAGUUGAACGAGUGAAAAAGAUCAAAGAUUAUGCAUUUAUUCAUUUUGCGGAAAGGGAUCCUGCUGUUAAAGCAAUGGAGGAUGUAAAUGGUAAGCAGUUUGGUGGAUCAACCAUUGAAGUCUCGCUUGCAAAACCUCCAUCUGAUAAAAAGAAAAAGGAAGAAGUUCUGAGAAAUAGAGAAAGGCGAAUGAUGCAAACCUUAGGCCGAGGUGGAAUGAUGGUUGGAAUGCUUCCUACUCCACCUAGGGGAGGAGUACGAGGUGGAAGAAUGCCUCCCAAUGCACCCAGAAAUUUUGACUAUGACUAUGAUUAUUAUGGUUAUGGUGACUUUCCUCCGGCCAGUGGUGGUGGUGGAGGCGGCGGCGGCUAUGGUGACCCACCAUACUAUGACGAUUUUUAUGACGUCCCCCCCUUCCAGGACUAUGGAUAUGACUAUGGUUAUAGUACUCCACCAAGACCAUAUCCACCAUCUCGAGUUCCACCUCCACCCCAAGAGCGAAUACCUCCACCUUCCAGAGGCAGAGUUGCUCGUCCUGCUCCUCCACGUGUGUCUCCUGUUCGUACUAGGGGCGUUCCGAACCGUGGUCGUGGUGCUACUCGCGGACCUAGCCGUGGUGCUGCUAAACCAACAGGGCGGGGUGGUGGAAAAACCAGGGGAAGUGUGGCGGGUAAGCGUAAGUUUGACAGUGGUCAUCAGAACCAGGGGGCCUCCAAGCGCCGCUUCCAGAACAGCCGAGGGGCUAUGGGCAACUCAUGGGGAUCGCAACCCAUUCCCCAGCAACCACGUGGCGCCUCUGGAGGCGACGUCGAGUGGUACCAGGACUCCUUUGGCCAGCAGUGGGGAUAAAUUUAUAUUUUUUUUCUAAUCAGGACUUGAUGAGUUCAGUUUUUUAAAGCAGUCUGGGGGCAGAGUGGAAUGGCACGUGUGGGAACGGUGCCCAUUUAUUUUAUUUCGGUUGGGGAAAUGUUACUUUGUUAAAUUACUAAUUUAUCCACUUGCUGGCCUGGCCUGUUCCCACACUGAGCCCCCCCACUCUGCUGGCUAACUGUCACUUAUUUUUAUUUGUCUGCUAUUAAAAAAAGAGAACUUGCUAGUGGUACUAUUUUAUCUGUAUUGUGGCUAUGCGAUUCCAUGCGGAUCUCCUGUUGAGCAAACUUCCUGUUUGUCUUCAUAAUCAUCUUGAGUGUAUGAAUGUAACUUUAAGAAGCUGUUGAUGUUUUUGAAAGCACAAUUUUCAUUGAGUUCUGUCCAAGUGCAUCUUGUCAAUUUCAUGAGCAUAUGAGUGAAGAAUGUUGGUGUUUAUAUGCAAAACAUCCAAUUAUAAUGGGAUUUUUUAAUAUAAAUCUAUUCAUUCCAAUUAUCUUCUGUGUAAUCAUUAUAAAUCUUGUAUAAAAUUUUACUUAGUGUUUUCCCAUAUUUAGAAUCAUAAUUGCAUUUAAUUUUAAAUUAUCAUUUGACACACAAGAGUUAGUGUAUAUGUAUAUCAUGUGUAUUCUGACAAGUGUUAGUUUAAAAAAAAGAGAGAGAGAGACUUCCUAAAAUGUAUUUUUGUUUUUGAUUUACUCUAAAUGUAGAUGUGUUAAAUCCUCUAGAGGAUAUGUUAAUAAUUUACAAUAAAGACUUUUUUUAACAAAUGAGCAAAUGAACAUGGUAUGUUUUUCCCUUCAGCAUUUUACAUUUUUUUGAUGUGAUAAAAAAUUACUGUUGACUAAUAUUUAUAUCAGCAUACCAUAUGUUAUUUGAAAAAUUAAACCGUCAUUCUUGUGUGUUGUUAGGUUAACUGAUAUUUUUGUUUGUUGAAGAUAAAUUUUGAUACUUGCAAAAAAAAAAAAAAAAAAAAAAAAAAAAAAUCUGAAUAAUAAAUCUGGGCAACGAAUAAUUUAAAUGCUUUAAAAGCAUCAAAUUCUCUACAAAUUUUGAAAAAGUCUGAUUUAUUAUUUUUUUCUUGUUCAACAAAUAUGACUUUGAACCAUCAUUUUUAUAUAUCCAGAAAAAAUUUGUUUGAAUUGAUAAAACUGCUAAUUUUCAGUUGGUGUUUCUUGAGAAAAGCAUAUUCUUUGAAGAAACUGAAUAAUUUUUGUUUAUAUCUUCAAUCUUUUCUGCCAUUUUUUAAGCAGAGCUAAAAUUUUUGAUUUUAUCACCAUCAUGAAGUUCUGUGUACUCUCUAGUCAUAUUUUUAUUUUUAGAAGCUAAGGAUUUCUGAGCUUGAUAUAGAAUUAAAAAGAAGGUUGAAUUAAGCUUUGGAUUAAUGAUGAAGCAUUGCCAUUCUUAAAAUGCCACAUAUUGCCUGAAACAGAGUCCUGAAGUAGAGGUAGAAUAAUUAAAACAUUUCCCUAGUGUUCACAAAAUGCCAGUUGAUUAAAUUUCUUUAUUCUGCCUUUUAGAAAUUUAUUUAAAUCAAAUUUUCUUUUUUGGCAAGCCAAUUCCUUUUGAAGUUAUUUCUAAUUUAAACAUUUUGAGUUGAAUCACAAUUAUUAUUUAUCUUAAUUUAGUAACUUUUAUAUGCCUUCCUGAAUGCUAACACACAUUGCAUAUUUUCCUUUUUAAUUUCUUGGUUUAAAAACUAGCAUAAUAAUCAGAUUCUCCAAAUCUGCUUGUGUUAUCUUCCUUUUUCUGUAUAUAUCCCUUUAAUUGUAUUUUACUUUUAUUUUAAUUCUGUUACUUAAGUAAUAUAUUUAUUUUGUAAUAUGCAUGCAUGUUUUUCUGCACACACUAUUUGUUUGUGACAUUGCUUCUUCAGUAUUUGUCCUUUUUAUACGUAUGCCCACUUUCUACAGAAGAAAAUUCCCUUUUCAGUUUUGGUUUCAUUCCUAUGUCUAGAUAAAAAUAAUAAUUUUGUUUUGAAUCGUGUAUUCAUUCCUCCGAGAGCAAUGACGCAAAUGGUGCAGAAGACCAUGCUGCCACAUUUGUGCCAAACAUCUAAUUAUUUUUUCUUCCCUUUAUUUGUGUAGUGGAUAUUUACAACCAUGUAAUGUAAGAGGUGCGCUAGAAGAGCUGGAAGACUCAAACGAUCUGUAGUUUUUUACUGUAUUGUGAUCCAUCUUUGGCAGUCCAGCUGAAUUAUUUUAUUGUUAACUUUAGCUAAAGAGAAUGCUGUGAUGCAGCUGCCUGCCACUGACAUUGAACAAUAAAUGUUCGUUUUUAUGUA